CCCACCAUGGCCACGUCUACCGCCAAAGACUUCCUGGUUACCUAUUUAAUGCCAGAAAAAUGCUAUGAGAGGAUUUUCGUCAACUUUCACAUGAACGUGCCUUGCCUAAAGUUUAUAAUGAACAGAAUUGUCGGGUUUUGGAUCUUACUGGACGCUCUUCUGGCACAGCUACCACAGCUGUUCAAGAUACUGUGGCGAAGAAGUGCAGAGGGCCUGAGUCUGACCUCCGUGCUCCUGCAGCUGUAUGCCUUCUCGUGUCCUGUUGUGUACGCCGUGGCCAACAACUACCCACUCUUCGCCUGGGCUGAAAGGCUCUUCACCUUGGCCCAGACAGCAGCAAUAGUCUUCCUCAUCCUGCAUUAUCGGGGUGAUACCCUCACAGGGAUGCUGCUCCUCUUGGCUUACGGGGGUGCAAUGUUCCUUCUGGGCUCCUACGCGGCUGCAGCAGUUGUCUCAGUGAUGCAGGCCUCCAGUUUGGCAGCUUUAAUUGCAAGCAAGGUUCUCCAAGCUAGAACCAACCACUGUAACGGCCACACGGGCCAGCUGUCGACUCUGUCUGUGUUAGUGUCGUGGGCUGGAUCUCUGGGUGUUCUCUUUGCGUCUCUACAGGAGACCGUAAGCUUGUUCACCACUUUGUCCCAGACACUCUCAGCCGGUCUCAGCUGUGUCCUCCUGGUCCAGGUCCUCUGCUACAGGAGCAGCACCGCCACCACUAAAACGAAGAGUGAGUAGAGGUGGUGGACAGUGACAUAUAAACACUUACAUAAUAUGCAAAUCCUUCCCGUCAUUCAAGAACUGUUUUGACUCUUUGCCAGAUGUUGGCACAUCAGUGAGUCAAAUACAGCGCAGACGCAUCCGGAAAUGUUUACGGCGUCUUUUUGUACAAAAAUGCCUGUGUGCUGUACUCGGAUCUACUUUAAAGCAUGUCCUGUGUUUGUGUAAACGAGAACUCUUGUUGUCCUGCUAUUUAAUCGUUCUAUACAUUUCACAUUUUAUUUCUGCAUUUAGUGUCUCAUUAUUGUUAGAUAUUUAAAAAAAUCUUUUGUCGCUCUCUAGUGGUGUAAAUAAGAAUGACUUCACUCUCAGGUGGAGCACAUCUUUCAAUGGCAUCUGUAGGUGACAGCUGCCAUAUAAGUCUUCCUCAGAUUCCAGAGAGAAUUUAUGUCAUUUUUAAUACAAGGUUUUAAACUGGGGAAGAGGUUUAGUCAUGCAGCAGACACAAGCUAAUUCGCAAGCUUUUAGUUUUACCGAUUACUCACUCCUCUGUGGUUGAAGGUGCAUCCUGCUGAUGAUGCAUUCAAGUCGUGUCAGACUUCCCUUGCAGCCUCUCCCACUCAAGCAUUUACCGGGUGACGUGAGUUAAGUCCCCGAGGGUUCAGGGCUUAAGGCCUCAGGAGGGACAUUGGGGUCGGGCCCUUGUCAAUCAUUUCUCGGCUCAGAUCUGAGAGAUUGAACGCCAUCAACCUUGAAGUGUCAAUGAGAGCAAUUAGGGGAAAGCUCCACGAGAGGGUGCUGUGGUAGCUCUAGUAAAUCAUGUCAAAGACGAUGAUUAAAACAAUCGUUUCACCUACAUAUGGGACUUUGAAUAUACUGAAACCUGUUGAUGUUUUUAGAUAUCUAAGCAGCACUGAUUUUGUAUUUAAGAAUCCUUUCAUGAAUGCCUCUGGACUGGCCUCUGAGCUUCAAGCAAUGCCAGCCACCGGGAACAAAAUGUUCGGUGUUGCUCAGUAACACUCCAGACAUUUCACUGAGGUGAGCUGGCAGCCAGUUACACAUUAACCUUGUUUGCUUUGGCAGUUACCUUUUUGUUUCCAUUCAACUCAACACAAAAAUACUGGUGUCGUGUGUCACCAGCUAUAAUAAACUAUUUCUUUAUGCGUUUUUAUAGUGCAUACCUGAUGAACUGUACACUGAACUCAAUUUAACGAUACUGUGAAUUAUUGUCUCUGAACUUUAAGUAAUAAAAUGAAAGAAUAAGCAGACCUGUCACCUUUGUCAGGACCGUCGAAGGCGCACAUUAUCUGUAUGUACAUAAAAAGCACGGCCUCGUAUUUAUGUUUGCAUUUUCAGACAGCUGACUUUCUGAAUGAAACAGUUUAAUAUCCAAAGCACAGCACUGCCACAAUGGCCCAGCUAACACAAGGAGAAAAACGGGUCUGUCUUCUGUGUUAUGAUGCGUGUCGGUGAUGAAGGAUACAAUUC